GUGGGACCUGAGGUUGCAGCUGCUCCGGGCUGGGUGCGCCAUGGCAAGCGAGGCGCAGAGCUCUUCGGCUCCGGACACAGCCGCUGGAUGGCCCAGGAUACCAAGAUGUCUGCACUUGGAGACUGUACAGUGGUGACAGAGAGAUGACCUGGGGGGACAGCUUCUACCUUCACAACAAUGUCCAUGAAUAGUUCCAAACAGCCUGUGUUUCCUGCAGCUGAACUCUUCGCAAACACAACCUGCCAGAUGCAAAACCGGCUUUCAGUAUUUUUUUCAAUAAUCUUCAUGACAGUGGGAAUCUUAUCUAACAGCCUGGCCAUUGCCAUUCUCAUGAAGGCAUAUCAGAGAUUUAGGCAGAAGUCGAAGGCCUCCUUUCUGCUCCUGGCUAGUGGCCUGGUGAUCACAGACUUCUUUGGCCAUCUCAUUAAUGGAGGGAUAGCUGUCUUUGUAUAUGCUUCUGAUAAAGACUGGAUCCGCUUCGAUCAAUCAAACAUCCUCUGCAGUGUUUUUGGGAUCUCCAUGGUGUUUUCUGGCCUAUGCCCACUUUUUCUAGGCAGUGCGAUGGCCAUUGAACGGUGUAUUGGAGUCACCAACCCUAUAUUCCAUUCUACGAAAAUUACAUCUAAACAUGUGAAAAUGAUACUGGGCGGUGUGUGCGUGUUGGCUGUUUUUGUGGCUUUGUUACCUAUCCUUGGACACCGAGACUAUCAAAUCCAAGCAUCCAGGACCUGGUGUUUCUACAACACACAGAACAUUGAAGACUGGGAAGACAGGUUUUAUCUCUUGUUCUUUUCAUUUCUGGGUCUCUUAGCUCUUGGUGUUUCGUUCCUGUGCAAUGCCAUCACAGGAGUGACACUCUUAAGGGUGAAGUUUAAAAGCCAGCAGCAUAGACAAGGCAGAUCCCAUCACUUUGAGACGGUCAUUCAACUCCUGGCCAUAAUGUGUGUCUCCUGUGUCUGCUGGAGUCCCUUUCUGGUAACAAUGGCCAACAUUGCAAUAAACGGAAGUCAUUCCCCAGUGACCUGCGAAACGACACUCUUUGCUCUCCGGAUGGCAACGUGGAAUCAGAUCUUGGACCCGUGGGUCUACAUUCUGCUCCGGAAGGCUGUCCUUAAGAACUUGUAUAAGCUUGCCAGUCACUGCUGUGGAGUGCAUAUCAUCAGUGUGCACAUCUGGGAGCUCAGCUCCAUCAAGAAUUCCUUAAAGGUCGCCGCUAUUUCUGAGUCACCAGCUGCAGAGAAGGAGAGUCAGCAAGCAUCUAUUGAAGUGGGACUGUAGGCCAAUGCAGGACUAGAAGACCGGGGAAAGUUUUGGAAACAUCUCAGCUGAUUGGAUUUAUAGCCUAACUGGAACAUUUGGACCUCAGUGUGUAGUUUGGGAGUACACUGGACUGAUGCAGCUUCUGAAUUUUGUUAUAACAGCUGCUACUGCAUGGUUGUGCAUUUUUAGUUGCUUUUUAUUUUAUUUUAUUUUUUAUUUUAUUUUUUGACAGGAGGUAAACCGAUACGGUGGAGUUGAAUGGAACACAACUUUUGAGUUUAGUUGUGUGACUUGUGUUUGUGGACUAAAUGUAUCUGUUGAGGCCCAAUGCUGAUGAAUACUUGACCUAUUUGUUCAUGACUCCUUAAUGCUACCUGCACCAUGAAAUGGUCAUUUCAUUGACUUAUAGACAAGGCCCAAUGUUG